AUGGCGCGUUCCACUCCCUCGUCACGACAACGCAACGCUCGGCGGCGGAAGAAAGACAGCACGGCGCAGGCAAUUGACUUCCUCAACACCCUGACGGCAUUCAACGAGGCGUCUUCCAGCAGCGAUGAGGACAUGAGCGAAGAAGAACCCUCCGCAGAGACACGGAGGGAGGAAAACCAUCCGCGCACGCCGUUAAAUGACCUUCCCAACGGUCCCGACGGGGAGAGGGCUGCAACGUCAUGGCGCGAUCGUUUACGUCGUCGUCCCCCACGUCAGUCGCGGGUAGAUAAUAUUUUUGAUAUGCCUCAGUCUCCUGAAGUCAACUCGUCUCCUGGGUUGAGGCGAUCAGCACGGUUGAACCGAUUUCGCUCCAUUGACAAUAAUCCCGAAACUACUGAUACCGAGAGACGCGUUGACCGCGGUGACACUGGCAGUAGCGAUAGUGAUGACGACGCCGUCUCUGAAAGCGACGUCUCAGGGUUCAGCUACAAGAUUUCACCAGGUACCCCUUCGCAUGACAGAGCAGACCAUGCCGAGGAAGCUGCUUCUGAAGCUGGAUCGUCUUCCGGAGAAUCCAGUUCGGAUCCACAAAUAAAGAGUGAGUCGAGCCAGUCAGCCAACCUAGAAGUUGUCAUACGCAGUCAGCCAGCUCGUCCGGACUCUGCAGAUGGCUCCGCGCCGGCACCGCCGCGGUCCCCAUCUCAGCAGCGGUCGAUUCCUGAGAGCCAUGGAGAUUCGGCAAGAAGCCGCAAGCGGGCCUUGGGUGGAGACGAUUCCGAGGGAGGAGCCUCUCCUCGCAGUGAAGCGAGUGACGAUGACAGUUCUAUAAUUAGGCCCUCGACGAGACAGCGACGUUUACGAAGUGCUCGCCGGACACCACCACCGCAGACCGACGUGCCAACCACACAGCAGUCAGCUCAGCAAAACUCCCAAGAUGGCGCUGUGACUUCACCGCAAAUUGUAUCCCGGAGACCAUCACCGCAGGUUAAUGUACCAAUUACACAGCAGUCAGCCCAGCAAAACGACGCAGAUGGCGCUGUGAGUGUGCCAGAAAGUGUACACAGGAGACCAUCACCGCAGACCAACGCGCCAGCCACACAUCAGUCAGAUCAGCAAAACUCCCAAGAUGGCGCUACGACAGUACCGCAAGCUCAGCAAAACGACGCAGAUGGCGCUGUGAGUGCACCGCAACCAGAGACAGUAACCAUAAAUGGAGUGCAAUACGAAAAAUGGGACGCCGAGGAUAUGGACAAAGAAGCAAAUGCGCAGGCGGAGAAUGAUGCAAGAAGAGCGCAGCCAGAAUCUCCAGAGGAUCGUCUAUUUACAGAGGCGUCGCGGGUCUUACAACAGCAGGAAAACUGGGCAGAUCUGGUCACGAACGCACGAUAUAUGCGAAAAGAAGGGGACUUGAUCAAGUCAGUCCGGUUCAGAAGCAUUGACGAUAUCAAGGAGCAUAUCUCGGGUCUAUGCACGCUCUAUGGUGAGAUACAAGAGCAGCGCUCGACAGGCAAUCGCGUCGACGUGGGUCUGCUGCACGACUCGGAGGCACGGGUGGAGAUGAUAUCCCACAAGGCCUUUCGCAUCCUCUCGAGGGUCCAAAAGCGGGCCACCUCGGGCGGUAACGCUGAGGAUCAACGGCAGGGCAAAGCGGACGCGCAGAGACUUCUGGAUCAGUUUCAGAUCGAUGUGAUCCCGCAUCUGGUGGAGGCGGCCCAGGCGUGUCUGAAAGCGCAUUAUACCUGGGGCUGGCUGACGGCCGAAGGCUUUGGCGCAGUACACAGGAUCUUGCUGGUGCUGUCGUCGAGCUGCGAGCGGAUCUUCACACUCAAGCGCAGUGGGAUCGUCUACGCCCAAGACCGCAGUCGAGCACUGCGGCCGACGCUGCGCAGCCUGCUCCGGGCGAUGGAACGGGGCGAGUUCGAGCAGCGGCUGCAGAGCUGGGCCGAACAGCAAGCUUAUCCGUCCACUUCCAGGACUGAGGUAAUUAACCUGGAGAGCGAUGACGACGAGCAGGAGGAGGAAUGGACUGAAGAUGAAGCGAUAGCGAUUCUGGACGGGCUGCGGAUGUUUCAAGGCCCGGACCGGUUCCGGCAGCUGGUGCAACGGUUUGGCGACCGACUUCGAGGGCGGACGAUGGCGGAGAUUCGAGCCAAGGCGCGGGAGCUGCGGGACAGCUACCUGGAUGCCAUGGGCGACUCGGCGGAAUUGCGGACGGAGCAUGGCCGGCGGCAGUUUGCCUGGCUGAUCAAUGUGUAG